AUGUAUGACUCAAAAGUUAAAGAAUCAUCAUUAAAUUUCGAUCUGAAAAGAUAUGAAUUUUGUUCAGACUUUAGCAUCUUUGUUAUAAAUGAGUCUUUACAAGAAAGUGGAGGACAAAAUUCAAACAUAACUACAAAAGAAUAUAAAGUUCAUCGAUAUGUUUUAUCUCAACAAUCUGAUUAUUUCAAAGUACUAUUUGAGUCUUCUCGAAAUUUCGUUGAACACAAAGAAAAUGCUGUUGUGAUUCGGUUAAAAGAUCCUUUCAACGUCUUUCCGCAAAUUCUUUGUUAUAUGUACACUGGAUACAUUUCUAUUAAUCACAAAACCCUCAUUUCAAUCCUUUCAAUAUCUGAUCGAUUCGCGAUCGAAAAACUUACCAUACAUGCCACAACAUAUUUCGAUAACUUUUACGAUUAUAAAAGGAAAAUCCCUUUAAACUUGUCUUUUAUUUCUGCUCAAGAAAUAUAUACAUUAUAUUUAGAUGCAAUAGAGAAUGAAUUUGAAGAGGUAAUACCUGAUUGGCUUUUGGCUAUUGCAUUCGAUGAACUUUGGGAAAUCGAUAAUGAUGUGAUGAGCUCUGUAAGAUUGGAUCGUGUGCUAAAAUGCGAUUGUGUUAAACUAAAAAAUGAGGAUCAGAAAUUUUCAGUUAUUAGAAAGAUCGUAGCAGAUUUCUGUGGUACUGAAGAAUAUGAUGAAACAUUUGAAGAAAAGUGGAAUAAAAUGGCAUUAAAAGUUGCAAUGCCUUUUCCCGAUAUAUUAGAAGAUUCUAGCGAAGAUUCUAGCGAAGAAAGUGCCGUAACAGAGGCACAACAAAAUGAAAAUUCUACUAAUGAAAUAGGUGAAGAGACUGAAAAGCAGAUUGAUGAUGGUAAUUCAAGCUCAACAUUAUGUUCUCAACAGACGAAUGGUAGUGUUGAGAAUGAUGUUAAUGAAGAUGAACAUUUGGAGUUUACUUUGCAUGAUAUAAAAGAGGCCUAUGAACGAUUAAAGCAUAAUAAUAUGUUGUACGAAUGGUUCAAACUUGUUAAUUAUUCUUUACUCGAUCCGAUGAAUUGGGAAGGUGCUCUCGCAGAUAAUUUGAUACCUAAUAAACUCGUCUUGCAAGGAUUAUUUGAGGUAUUAAAAAAAGAUGAUAUUGAAAAGGAAUCUUCAAAAUCACCUAUCACUGUCCCGCCGAUCCUACAAUCAUUGUCUUCAACUUCUAAUUCUACUUCAACAAUCGAAUAUACCGACUGCUUACAUUUUACAACGAAACCAUAUUAUAGUGACAUUAAAAUUUGCAUUAACAAUGAAUGUUACGAAUUUCACAAAAUUAUUCUGUCGAUACAGUCCACAUACUUUCGUGACUAUUUUUCAACUUCACAGGGUCAACUCUCAAAAGAAUGGGUCUUUCCUUGGUAUAAUCUUCACCCACACCUUUCAACUGGUCUACUCAAUAUGAUACAACUACUUUAUUACACUCAUGCAUUUCCACUCGACAUUAAAAACAUAAUUCCAAUCUUGUUUGCUUCUCUGGAAACAAGUUGUGGAGUAUCGGAUUCAUGGUUAGCAAAAUCUCGACAUCAACAUAUGAUUCGUAAAAAAGUUGUCUACCUAGUUUCUGAAAAUUUUGAAGAUUUUCAGGAUUACUUGAAUAAUAAUCAUAAUAUAACAAAAGAUCUGAUUUUGGACAUUUUAAAUAAUCCAUCAUUAAAUUGUAAUGAAAGAUCGAAGAUCCAAUUAUUUUCUUGCGUAUUGGAUAAAUGGUUCCCUAAUGCUAAGAAAUCCGAUUUAUCAAGUACCGAAGCGAAUGAUCAAAAAUUGACCGAGAUCAGGACUUUAAUCAUAAAAUAUAUUAAUCAUAAAAAAUUAUUGGUUCCUGAUUUAGAAUUUCUUUCAAAACAAUG